UUACGUUGAGAUGCUCACAACAAAGGACAGCGCAACACGGAGAGGCUGCUCUCUAACAUAACGCACCGCGGGCGCACAUUUCUCCAAAGCUUCGCUCAUUUUUACUGCGAAGAGAGGCCAACAAAUAAUAAUUAUAUAUAUUAUAAUAAUAAAACAUUGCCUUCCGCUUUUUUUUUUAUUACGUGGUUUAUAAUUUCUGGCUAACGAGCUCAGAUAGGCGGAGAAAUUAAUGUGAAAUCUCCUUCGGAGCGCCAAGGACUUCAUCAUCCGUAUCGCAGGCAGGAUAAGCGGCGCUGCGACAGGCGAACACAUGGAGCAUGAAAGGGUGGAGCUGAGCUUCAGCUGACCCCUCUCCCCUUCCGUCUCCUCCUCCUCCCCCUCUUGGUCCCGUUGAUCAGCGUCUCCCCCCCUCACCUUCCUUCUUUAGCAUUACCCCUUCCUGCCUCACCCUGUUGGAUCACAUCCAACCUCCCCCUGCAAGCCUCAGUCAGCAGGGCCCCAUGUAUUCCCCGGAGCAGGAAAACAUCUCCACCACCUCGUCCACCAAAGUGCCAGUGAAGUACGGGGAGCUCAUUGUGCUGGGGUACAAUGGUUCCCUGCCCAAUGGGGACCGAGGCCGACGCAAAAGCCGCUUCGCACUUUAUAAGAGGCCGAAGGCGAACGGGGUGAAGCCCAGCACAGUUCACGUCGCCUGCUCUCCACAAGCAGCCAAGGCCAUAAGCAACAAAGACCAGCACAGCAUCUCUUACACUCUGUCCCGAGCCCAGACGGUGGUGGUGGAGUACACUCACGACAGCAAUACCGACAUGUUCCAGAUCGGCCGAUCCACGGAGAGCCCCAUAGACUUCGUGGUGACGGACACGGUGGCCGGCAGCCAGAGCAACUCGGACACUCAGUCGGUCCAGAGCACCAUCUCCCGCUUCGCCUGCCGCAUCAUGUGCCAGCGCACGCCGCCUUACAGCGCUCGCAUCUACGCCGCGGGCUUCGACUCCUCCAAGAACAUAUUCCUGGGGGAGAAAGCUGCGAAGUGGAAGACGGCCGACGGACAGAUGGACGGGCUGACCACCAACGGCGUGCUGGUGAUGCACCCUCGCAACGGCUUUACGCAGGACUCCAAACCAGGAGUCUGGAGGGAGAUCUCAGUGUGUGGGAACGUCUUCACCCUGCGAGAGACCCGCUCGGCGCAGCAGCGCGGCAAAAUGGUGGAGACGGAAACUCAGGAGCUCGUCGACGGCUCGCUCAUCGACCUGUGCGGCGCCACCCUGCUGUGGCGCACGGCCGAGGGCCUGUCGCGCACCCCCACCCUCAAACACCUGGAGGCGCUGCGGCAGGAGAUCAACGCGGCGCGGCCCCAGUGCCCCGUGGGCUUCAACACGCUGGCGUUCCCCUCCAUGCGGCGGAAGGACACGCCCGACGAGAAGCAGCCCUGGGUCUACCUGCAGUGCGGCCACGUGCACGGCUACCACAACUGGGGCAACCACCGCGAGGAGCGGGAGGGCCGCCUGAGGGAGUGCCCCAUGUGCCGGGCGAGGGGCCCCUACGUGCCGCUGUGGCUGGGCUGCGAGGCGGGCUUCUACGUGGACGCGGCCCCGCCCACGCACACCUUCAACCCCUGCGGACACGUCUGCUCGGAGAAGACGGCGGCCUUCUGGAGCCAGAUCCCGCUGCCGCACGGCACCCACACCUUCCACGCCGCUUGCCCCUUCUGUGCCCAGCAGCUGAGCGGCGAGCGGGGCUUCAUCAGACUCAUCUUCCAGGGACCCCUCGACUAGCUCCUGGGGGGGGGUGACUCCUCGGCAUGCUUCGGUGGAGGUCCCCUCCUGAUGGUUCCCCCUGAUGGUUUUCUCUCUGGACCUUUUUGCCUCCUUUUUAAGUGACCUUUGUAUUGCUUUUUUCAUGAAUGACAAACAGAUUUCUAUAUUUUCAUGAAACCAGAGACACAAAAAAAAAAAACAACCAAACAGAGAACACUGCUGGGUAAAACUUUGUGUCACGGAGAGGACUUUCAACAGUAUUUAUCUAAAUUGCCGGCACGCCGUGGUGCAAACGUGCGGCCCUCGUUCAUGUAUUUGUUGCAAUACACACGUGUACAUCUCUCAGAGCUUAUUUAAAGAAAUGUGUUUAUUUAUGACCCAGGACAUCGCUUCGACCUUUAUCUGUCAGAAAUCCCUAAUUCCUAUGUGAUUACCUUUUGAAAAUCCAGAGUAUUGCUAAUCAGACAUGAAGUUUUCUGUGUGUUCCAGCGGUUUCCGUGUUUUCUUUCCCUCUCUCUCCACGUCGACCUGUCAAAGCCAUUUCAUGUAUCGAUGCAGCCCAUGUCCUGGUGCUCGCUCUGGUCGGUUACUGUCACGGGCGUUUUCCCUUUCACAGCAAUAGAUCUGCAGCAGAAGCCUCCCCACGCAUUAAGGGAGCCUCUGAGGCGUCUUUGUCUAUGCCUGCACAGCCGCUGCCCUCCCUUUAACGAGCGAGUCUCUCCUGAUUACCUGUUAGCCAUAAAAACGCAACUAUGUAGCGGUGGACUCCCACUCUACCCUGAACUGUUUUGUUUAUUGUUAUUUUAAGCAUAGAGGGCGUCUCAGACAGCAAAUCGUGGUACUGACCUCUAAGUGAUGCGCAUGACGUCGUGAUUCAGCCUGCUUGGCCGCUGUGAUGUUGGUGGGGGUCACGAAUGUGUCGGAUUCUGAUUGGUCGUGUGAAACUUAGCACUGAUGGAUCUCCAAACGCUUUCGGUGCCUCUGUGAGCUCCAGUGCGCUGUGCUGGUGGCUGGGAACGGCGCGCUUCAUUUCCUUCAGCAGCCUUCGUGUUGAAACAAACUCAGAAGUCUGUUUCUCUCAUGUCAGCUUCAGAGAUGCACCGAUUCGGCUCGUCAUGGCCGAUACCCAGUUACGUUUUUCUUUGAUGUCGGACUUUCGAUCCCAAUUUUGGCAGAUUUUAUUUCCCCCGGACACUAAUACACGUAAGAGGAAAAAAUUUACCACGGGUGUUUUGAUAGGGGGCCGUAGGUUUUGAAUAUAAUAGAAGAUUAGAGAAUUACCAGCUCAUUCCCAUUUAUACAUUAGUAUAUUAGCCCGUUUUUCCUAGUAGUUGAUGAAUUCAAUGACCGAAAGUGAGUUCUUAGUUUUGAGGCGUUUGAUGGAUGGGGCGGGUCAUUUUUUUUUAGAACUGAUCAGAGAAGAAUAAUCUGAUCCGGUCCAAUCUAAGGCUAAUUGAUUGGUGCAUCUCUUCUUGGAUUAAAUAAUCCCAGUGCAGGAAUCUUGCUCAUCUGAUGGACUGGAGCCGACCAAGGUUCAAAGUCUGCGUAGAAGCGUGCGUUGAUUUAAUGUUUUUUUUUUUUUUGUUUUUUUUUCAGGGCUUUGUGACAAUGUGUGCUUUUCAGACCGCAUCUUGAUGUGAUUUUCUGUAAACAUCAUAGGGCACUGGAUAUCAGGGCUGCCUGUGCUGACAUUUCUUUUCUUUUGACCAAAACAGCUUUUAUUAAGGCUAGAUGAGAAUAACAAUGACAGAAGUGACGCGGUAUUGACCAGUACGAGAGUCCUAAAAUACAGAGAAACCUUAGCAGAAACACAACAGUAUUAUGGAUUUUAUAACAAUUUCUAACUUUUUAUUUAAAACUCAAAGUACAUCAAUGUACAGUUAUAUUAGUUAUAAUAAGGCUAUUUAUUUUUUAAAUAUAUAGAAUGAACAGCGCCUGAGUUUAGUAGCCAUUUCUAAUUGCUCACUGCGUAGGAUAUCAGAAAAGUUUGCUGUUUAGUUCUUUAUGUGAGAACACGAGGUAGAUAUUAGUUACACGCCUGCAGCCUGCUGCUGGUCGUUUGCCAAUUAUGCUUUUGAAAUAACGUUUUAACCAGAAGUAUUUCCCAAAAUCUGAAUUUGUCUUUCUCAUAAGCAAGGAAAAAGUGUGAUAGUUUAGUUUCAGCCAGCUGAAACUAAAUCAUUAAAAGUAACUCACGGCAUAGGAAUGGUUGAGGAAAAAUGUGAACCAGGAAGCGUUAUAUCCCUGUGAGCGGCCCAUUCCUACUGUUAACCACAAACUCUCUGUUUUGAUUAUGCAUUUAUCCUCUUCCAGGCAGCCUGGAAAACCAUCCGUGGUUUUAACAUUGAAUUCAAUGAGUGAGAUUUUAGCAGCUGUGUCGUCACACACAGCGCGUUACACAGAUACGUCUCAGAUCAGGCAAAGAGGGAACUGAGGCAGUCCUGAUAUGUCACUUAUUUUAAUUCAAGCACAGAUUCUCCCAAACCCCUACUGCCACACACGCGCGCGCACACGUUGGUGCGGCUUACAUCGGCGAGACACACACUGAAGCUGUAGAUAAAACUGAGGCGUCUCUUCCAAACUGCUCCUGCAGAUCUUCGGGUCCUGCUGAGGUCCUGAGCUCUCGCAGGUCAUCGGGUGUUUUUGUGUUUGUGUGCGAGAAAGAGCGAGAUUGUAAUUUAACGGGUUGAUUGUAUGUGUUCAGUUUCUGUCCUCGCAGUAGCUCUCCUCGUAUCCUCAGACUGCGCCACACUAACUCACCUCAGGGAGAAACCGAUGACCCCGUGCACGCGCUUGCACACCCUAUGCUACAGCCAUCUGAGGAUACAUCACGGCGAAAAAAGAAAAGGCGUCCGUCCUCUCCUUUCAGCUCUCGUUUUAUGGACUCUGUGUGAAUAAAGGGCUUCCCUCUGUCUCUCCACUGUAAUCUCAGCCCUGUUUGUGACGCAAACACCUCCGCAUCAGUUCAACUUACCAUCCUUUACUCACACUUCUUCUCCUGUCUUUGUGCUUGUAAAAGGCAAAAUCAAAGAAUGUUUCCAGCGAACACUUUUUUGUAUCGACUUUAAACAAUAAAGUGUAAAAGUGACACA